UUCAAGACGUAUGCACAGAUCCCGCCGCCAGUCUUGUUCCACACCACACCAGGGCGGGUGGAAUAUGUUUGGUUUCGUCAGAGUGAGGCUAGCGACUAAAAAUUUCGUCUUUGUCACCUCCGGUCAGUUGGUGUCACACAAAUCAACAUGGCGGACGUAAACAAUGAUCAGGAAACGAAGACAAGAGACGCCUCCCCCGCCAAGGAACGAAAGCUUUCUUUAACACCCAUGGAAGCUAUGGCUGAAGUGGACAAGCUGAAAGAAAGGGUUCGUUCGCUAUCUUUUAGCAGUACACUUUCAGGAGAUAGCUCUGACAGUGGCAGCAGUUCAGGAACUCGGCCGCUCGUGAAAAGACAAGACGAUUUGAUCACUUGUUUGAGUGUUAUGCGACGUUUGAUGGAACAGGCAGAGAGUGAGAGUAAACGAAUGCGAGAGGAGAAAGUUUUCAUUGCUGCUAAAAUCAACAGCUCUCUGAGCGCCGUAAAUCGGGAGGUGGAGUAUUUGAAAGCCGAGUUGCGAGACCAAGACAAGAGGUUAUCGGAGCUUGCGAGUAGUAGACCCACGGAACCUGUUCAAACCCCUGAAACGACAACUGAUGGUCCAGGAACCCCGAAGUGUAAAUUAGAAGAUUUGAAAGAAGACAAUGAUAGAUUACGCUGUGAAAAUGAUUUUUUAACCAGAGAGCUAAACGAGUGGAGACACGGCAAUACAGAUUUGGAUCAGCUUCGUCAGCGGCUGCAUUCCUGUGAACACGAAAUUGCUCGAGCUAAAGAAACUAUUUCUUGCAUGAAAGUGGAAAGAAAACGCUUAAAAACAGAGAAAAUGAGUUUACUUAGUCAAAUGAAGCAAGUUUAUGGAGUUUUAGAGGUAAAAGAAGCGGAGCUGAGGGAAUUUAUCCAGAAUUAUGAACAACGGAUGGUGGAGGGAGGAGAACAAAUUAAACGUCUCGAGAGUGAAAAACUGACUUGGGAGCGGGAGCGAACCGAUUUGUUGAGAGAAUCUGACAGUUUAAAAUCGCAGUUAGAGCUGAAAGACAUGCAGUUAAAAGAACUAGAAACAGAUUUUUUCGAAGUGAAACAGCAUCUAUCCGCUUUGCAAUCUUCGCUUCGAGAAAACAAUUCACAACUGAUUUUCAAAUCGAACAACUUGAAUUUAGACACCCCGGGAGGCAACCAAAAAUCGAACGUAAGGAACAACAAGAAGACAAAUUCACAGCAAAAUUUGAAAGAUUCCCCGAGAUCGCCGCUAAAAAAUGGAGAUAACUGCACUCUUCCUGUGUCUUCAUUAACUUCACCUGUAGAAUCAGCAUCCUCAGGCUCACAGUCUGACGUAAGCCAAGGACUAACACCACGAGACUCAGAAGUUUUUGAUUUUGGUGUUCAAGACAACUGUGAACAGUCCAUAUUUGAAAAGAAGAAAAUGAAGACACGCUCCAGCUCAUUGUCAAGGUUUUUUUCGCGGGGAAAACAGCGAAAGCCUGUGUUUAAGCUGGUAGUUAGAGGCAAGUGACCAUUUCUUUAUGUUACAGAUUGAUUCAGCCAUUCUUGUCAGUUGUUUGAACUAGUGCCUGCUUUAGGACCAGAUUCUCAACAACUUCCCAAAUACAAAUAAUUUUAUACAUGAAAUUGGGAUGCCGUAAUGCCCAAGAAAUUAUUUCUAGGGUAUUACAUCUAGUAAUAAUAAUAAUUAACAACUUAUAUUGCGCCUUUUA